AUGCGUGGACCCGUCUCAUUCGUUGCCGUGCUCUCAGCACUUGCCACGCUUGGUUCUGCACUCCCACAAUUGGACAUGGUGCCUCGAGCAGCAGCUACUACUCCUGUUAAGCCCAAGUAUUCCGUGGUACCUCUUGAGCCUGGCGAUGAUGAUCCACAAAGCGGCAACGGUGGCAAUGGCGAAAAUAGCUCCAAGGGCAGUGACGUGACCAAGACGGUCGUCGAGACCGAAGAUCCUGUUACUCACACAGUCACGAAAACUGGCCAACCUGUUACUGUCACGCACCCGGCUCCUACCACCAUCUCAAUAAUUCCCAUUGGAGGCAACCCAGAUGUUACAAUAACUGUGACUGCUGAAGUGACACCCACUGUUGCAUCAACGACGGCCUCAAUUGCCACCCCUGCGACGACGAGCUCAGUGAUUGCUCCUACAACCACUUCAGUUUCCGAUUCAACAACGACUUCAGUUUCUGAUUCAACAGCGACUCCAGUUUCUGGUCCAACAACGACUCCGGUUUCUGAUCCAACAACAGCAACACUUACUACCACCUCCACUCAGGCCAACUCUACAGCAGCAACACCCAUAUCGCCCAUUAGUUCCACAACAUCCAUCGUCGUCACCCCAACAUCUCCCACGGAUACAAUCCCCUCGAUCCCCUCUGCGACGCCGCCUGCACCAAUGUCAACAACACCUUGGUCUGUUCCAAGCUCCAACCACACAACAACCACAUCAAAUCCAUUUUCAGAAACCACCAACACAGCCGUACGCGCAACGACUCUUCUUGGAACCGGAAGUAGACCGGAACUGUCCGCCACGACUCCUGCGCCCAUAGCGACUACCACCUGGAUCCCCACCACUUUGAGCACUGUCUUCCUCACGCCCUCAUCCUCAUCAACCUCAACAAAUACGUAUGACGAUGGCAAGUGGCACACAACAUACCCAGCUUGGAAUGACACCGCUACGCAUCGGUUCCGACGUUUUUAA